AGCUGGUGUAGCCAUUACUGUGUUCGUGAUUGUUCGGUUGUUAAAUUCUAUAUCCGAAUUCAUCAUGGGCAUAGAAAAUCAUACGACAUCGAAAUUUUAUGAACAACAUUCAACGAUUAGUUGUGUUUGGCAUUAAACUUAUAAAUAAAAUGUUUGUGAACAUAGCUAAAUAAAAUGAGGAUUUAUCGUGAGUGGGUUCCCCAGUCCCAGGGAAGACAGCCGUAACACCAAGGGAAAGCUUCUAAGAGGCGUAGUGUUGUCUUUAUAAGUGUUGCAGAUCCUUCUGCUGUUAUAAGGUGUUGAAGAAGUCCAGAGUAGGAAGUAUGACGUUCUCCACCUGCUGAAUUCUAGAAAAUGGAGCUGUUGAACUCAAAAUUUAUGGAUUGGAGUUCAGCCAGAAUGCAGCAGGUUGAGACUAUAACGCAAAACAACACUAACUCUACUAGUGCAGCUCAUACAGUAGCUGCUGCAGGAGGUGGAGUCAAUGCCAGUGCGUGCGACCCAGCACAGAGGCGGGAAGUGAAAGAGCCACCACCUCGAGAUGAGCCUCGACUUGAGCCUAUCAAUGGGGUCGUGCAACCACCUUUCAUUCCUCCAGAACAUCGGCCAGGGCGGAAUACCAAUCAGCUUCAGUACAUCUCUAAGUUUGUGCUUAAGCCGGUUUGGAAACACCAAUAUGCCUGGCCGUUGCAGCAACCUGUCGAUGCCAACAAACUGAACCUUCCUGACUAUCAUAAAUUGAUAAAACAACCAAUGGAUCUAGGAACAAUAAAGAAACGUUUGGAGAACAAUUACUACUGGAGUGGUAAAGAAUGCAUUCAGGACUUCAACACUAUGUUCACCAAUUGUUAUGUCUACAAUAAACCUGGUGAAGAUGUAGUAGUGAUGGCCCAAACACUGGAAAAAUUGUUCCUAACUAAGGUUGCGGGUAUGCCAAAGGAGGAAGUAGAGUUGGAUCCACCACCUCCGAAAGGUCAGAAAUCAGCCAAGAAGAAUCGAGCAGUGGGAAGGGGUAGAGGGGCUGGACCUGGUAUGCCUGUGCUGCCUGGGGCAACUGGAAGAGGGAGGCCGGCCACCAGCAGUUCACCUGGUACUGUACCGGUUCCCAACUCCACCGGUUCAGUGACACUGCCUGCUGCUGCACCUCACCUGCCUUCUCCCAUCCCUGGCUCCACGGCCACCACUACCGUUCCUACCACCCAAGCAACUCACAACUCACUACCACAGCAGGUUGCUGCACCUGCAGUGGGUAGUUACACAGCUCAACCCGCAGUUGAAGCCACUCCUGUUCUCAGCAGUGGCAGCAAUGCCGUAGCAAACAGAGGCGGCAAAGGUAUCAUCAUUCCUCCUACAACACCAACGAAAGUUAAAAAAGGCGUCAAGAGAAAGGCGGAUAGUUUAACGCCAACGCCUCCUGUAACGCCUGUUACACCUGCAGCUUUUGACCCUCUCUACACUCCUGCAGACGCCAAGGCGGCCAAAGUUGGUACUCGGAGAGAGUCCGGAAGACAAAUAAAAAAACCUCAACGGCAGGAAGAUGGAGUGCCCUUUGUACAGCAAGCAUCCUUGUCCGUAGGAACACCUAAUGCAUCAAACCAGAUGACAAAUGAUGCCAAACCUAAGUUAUCUGAAGCAUUGAAAGCUUGCAAUGACAUUUUGAAGGAACUUUUUUCAAAAAAACAUUCGGGGUAUGCUUGGCCCUUCUAUAAGCCAGUUGAUGCUGAGUGGUUGGGACUACAUGAUUAUCAUGAAAUCGUUAAGAAACCCAUGGAUCUUGGUACUGUUAAGGCAAAAAUGGACAAUCGAGAAUACAGAACAGCACUGGAAUUUGCCUCAGACGUGAGAUUGAUAUUUACAAACUGCUACAAGUAUAAUCCACCUGAUCAUGAUGUUGUAAAAAUGGGCAAAACAUUACAAGAUGUCUUUGAAAUGAGGUUUGCCAAAAUCCCUGAUGAGCCAUUAAUUUCAUCAGGAACACCAACUGCUGUAGGGGUUGAAAAAACAUCCUCCAGCUCUUCUGGUUCAUCAUCGGGUUCUAGCUCAGAAUCUGAUGACUCGGAAGAUGAACGAGCUAGAAAGUUGUUAUUAUUACAAGAACAGCUCAAAGCAAUGCAGGAGCAGAUGAGAAAGUUAGUUGAAGAAAGCAGUAAUAAAAAGAAGAAGAAGUCAAAACACAAGGAUGGAUCUAAUAGUAGUAUCGGAACAACAAACGCUUCUAGCAAAAAGAGUAAAAAGCCUAGCAGUAGUGAUAGGUCGGCAGUGGCAAAAAGUGGUGGGACAGGAGUGUUAGUAAACGAUACGGUGGGUGCUAAUAUAACAAGUGCGGCGUUAGGUAGUGCGGACAUUAAACCAGUGUUGGACACCAGUAGUAAGCUGGCGGGAACCAGAGCGCCUCCAGUAGCUCCUCCCCCAAGUAAAGGACCCAAGAGUAAAGGAGGUGCUAGAGGGACAGGGAAAGGGGCUAAUGCACAAAAUAAACGACUGAAAGCCAAUUCCAGGUCAACUAACUCCAAGAAAAAGAAUGCUGUUUCUACUCCUGCAUUUGAUUCUGAAGAUGAGGACAAUGCCAAACCAAUGUCCUACGAUGAAAAGAGACAACUCAGUUUAGAUAUUAACAAGCUACCUGGUGAUAAAUUGGGUCGAGUAGUCAACAUCAUUCAGUCUAGAGAACCUUCACUACGAGACUCUAACCCUGAUGAGAUAGAAAUAGACUUUGAAACAUUGAAGCCAUCUACAUUGAGAGAGCUGGAGUCUUAUGUCGCCACCUGUCUUAGGAAAAAGCCACGUAAGCCAUACUAUAAAAAAUUAUCUGGCAAGUCCAAAGAUGAACAAAUGGCAGAAAAGAAACAAGAGCUAGAGAAAAGACUGCAAGACGUAACUGGACAACUAGGAACUAACAAAAAACAGGCAAAGAAAGAAUCUGGCAAUAACAAGAGUGUGGAUGUCGUUCAAGGUGGUCCUUCAUCAACUCUUACAGCAUCAAGUUCGAGUAGUUCUGAUACAGAUUCCAGUAGUUCAAGUUUAUCAAGUAGCAGUUCAGAGUCGAGUGACUCGGAAACAGAAAGAUCAGGAAGACCGCCAAGAAAGAAAAACAAGAAAAAUCACACUAUGGAACAAUCUUCAGAAGGAACUGUCCCAAAUUUAUCAAUGACUACUUCCUCAGGACAAAUGGUAAACAGAUCUCAACCAGUUACUCGUAAAAAUACACCAGUUGGGCUUCCUAAUCAAACCAAUUCAGAAACAAAUAAAAAGCCCGCUGUGGUUGCGAGCCACUCACUGCCAGCUCAACCUCCUCGUCCAACCCCUGUGGCAACGGCAGCUCCCAUCGUCCAUAAGAGACCAUCAACCAACCAGGUAGUGACCCCGACACCGCCACCGGUUGUCACCAACAAUACAACAGAAACAACAGGUACAAUAAUAGAUGUUAAGCCCGAGCUGGUAGAGGCACCCAUGGCACCGUCCGAAGCAGUGGAGAUUGUCAAGAAGGAGUCUAUUGAUCCCAACUUAUCUACUUUACCAUCUGUGUUCGACCCAUUACCGGAAAGUCCUAAAGAUGAGAAGGCGAUAUUACCACUACAGGCUCUCUCUCAUCCGACUGAUGGUGUAAUCAACAAUUCAAUAACUAAUGCAAUGCCUGUGCCCACACCUGUGCUUGUCAACGCAUCAUUGCCAGUUACUGACAUGAACAAAAACUCAACUGCCUCUACAAAUAACUUUGCUGCUGCCUUCAAACCAAAGAUGGAGCCAAACCUUAAGAAUGCCAGCUCAUGGUCAUCUCUUGCCCAAUCCCCCACCACCAAUAACACCCCAGCUGCCCAGACCACAGCAGCUGUUGGCCUCAAAGCAGUGGCUGACCAAUUUCAAGCAUUUAAAAAACAAGCAAAAGAAAAGAUUCAAAAGCAAAGAGCCUUAAUUGAACAGCAAGAAAUGAGAAGACAUCAGAAAGAGCAGGCUGAAAGAGAGAGGUUAAGGCUUGAAAAUGAAAGAAGAAGAGAAAAAGAAGAAGAAGAGGCACUUGAAAAAGCCAGGAAAGCUGCCGCAGAACAGACACGGGUAGAGGAGAUCAAGGUUGUGUCCCAGGAUGAAAGCUGCAGUCCGAGCCAAGUAGAGAAGUCCGCAGCUGAGAGGGAGAGGCAGCGGUUGCGAGAACAGGAGAGAAGACGAAGAGAAGCGAUGGCAAGUCAAAUUGACAUGAACAUGCAGAGUGAUUUGAUGGCUGCUUUCGAAGAGUCUCUGUAAUGACGAGGUUGUGUUGAAGUGACUGUUGUAUUUAGAACAUUUGCCUUUGUAUGUUAAUGUAAAUAAAUAUUAUAAUCGACAUUUUGUGAUGGAAUCGAAUUUACGUUUUUAUUUAUGAAAGUUUUGUAAAAUCAUAAGUACAUUAUCACUGAUCAUAUUUUACCUUUAUGAUUUGUUAAAAAAACUAUUAUUGACGAUUAUUGUAAAAGUUAUACACAAGCUGGUAGUUUUCAAACGAGGCCUAACACUGUUACAGUGCUCAAAUAUCGGGACUAAACAUCCAGAAUAUUGUUGUGUCAUUCUCACUUUUCUCUUGUAGAAAUGGUACUGCUUAAAUAUAUCUUUGUUUAAAGAUGAUAAUUCCCGAAAAGUAUAUUUUAUGUCAAGUAUAAAAACGAAAAUAAAUAAAUAUAUUUUUUAUGUUCAUAAAAAUUUAAGAGUAUCAGAAAGACCAUAUUAAUAUGAAAUUUAUUGACAAUUGAAAACUAUAAGUGCUCAGUUGUAAGAUAAAUUUGCAAACAAUCUGGAAUUAAUAUUUGCCUGACAUCAAGGAAUAACGUUAACUAAAAUAAAUCAAGUUCAUAACUUUGUGCAAUACACACAGAUUUGUGUAAUUAAAGUCAUCCCACCAUACUUUAAACUAAUAUUAAUUAAGGAUUAUUAGUUGGCCUUUAGAUAAAUAAAUACUGUUUUAUCUAGAAAUAUUACUAUUCACACGUAAUGUGUGUUUAUUCACUUAAGUUUUUUCACUUUGUUUAAAAAAAUUCUUGCUGCACAAUUUAAGUAAUUAAUAGAUAAGUUAAAAAUAAUUAGUAAGUAUAUGCUUACUAUUUCUGUAAAUAUAGAUAAUUUCAAUUAACUAGUUCUAUUAAGGUUAUGUCAAGAUUGAAGCGAUCAAUGUCCACAGCCCAUUGAUUAUUUUAUGCGUGGUAAGGACAAAUCAUAAAUUUGUAUCAUAUUAAUAUAGGUUAUGUCAUAGGUGUCAACUAGCAUGGUGUAUAAAUCAUAAAUACUGUAUAAUAAGACGUAGAACUUUUCAUUUGUUUGUAUUGAUAGUUGCUGUAAAUUUUAAUACAAUACAAAUUGUUAUAUACUUAUAUAGGAGUUUUGACUAAAUUUAGUUGCAAUUACUGUAAACAACACUUUGUUAAUAGAUAUUUUAAAUCUUUAAAACCAAUUGAUUAGUGUGAACGAAAUUAUGUAGAAAUGUUUAUUUAAGUAUUUAUUUUAUUUUUGUAUAAAUACAUUUUGUUGUUUUUCAGUGGUUUGUGCCAUUGAUUAGUGUACUUAAUAUGUACACUUGCAAUACAACAAUUUUUCUUAGUUUGUAUACUGAUUUGAGAGCUGAGGUCUAUAGGUUGUACAAAUAAUUGAUGUUUUAAAAAAAAACAAAACAAACUAAAAUGGGGUUUUCUGGUUUUGUCAUUCCAGUGUUCAAUGCACUUGUUGAUUUUGUAAAGUUUACUGUUACCAUACUUUUGUAACAUUUAAUUAGUUACAACACUUUAUUUACAUUACUGUGUCAAAAAUGUUUAAUUAACAUUUCUCUCCUUAAUGACAAAUCGUUCAAAAAUGUAUGCGGUCAAAUUUUAUUGUAAUUUUUUAAUCUAGUGUAAAGUGAAAGUUUUAGUACCAGAUUAUUCCUGCAAUAUUUCUGUUUCUUUAUAAACUAUGUAUAGUAUCAAGAUAAAUGACUGAAUAGAUUUUAGUUUAUUACAAUGUCCAACAUCAAACUUGAAAAGAUGGUGCAUAAUUUUAUUAAUAAUUUUGUUUUAUAAUUAUCUUUUUUGUCAAUUCUAGAAAACUGUUAUAACACUAAUACAAGUCAUGAGUAAUUUUUUGUAAUAAUUUACUUUAAAACUUUAUACAGAUCAUUUAAAUAUUUUUACUUUUUUACACUUGUAAUCAGGUCUGUAUCAUUUGAGUUGGUACAUUCAACCUGAUAGAUUUAUCUUUUAAUAGUUAAAAUUACUAGUAAUAAGUUAUAUACAAUGUCCAAAAAAUAUAUUUUGAUGAUUAAAUCAUCUCUUUCACCCAAGCAGCAAUUGUGAUAAAAUAAUUAGACAGAAGUAUCAGAUUCUUAUAAAGGAUAAGAGGAUUUGUAUUGAAGCAUAGCAUUUCCAUUAAUUAUGUUACCUGAAUCAUACCUCGAUUUUCAAAUAUGUCAUAUCUGAUUUUUCAGCACUAAUAAAAUCCACUUGUAUAACAA